AUGGCGCAUCCUUUCGUGUUCUUUCAAGAUAUCAUUGACGAGAUUGCUGGAGAGCUCGCGAUUGCCCCCCCCCCCCCCAAGGUACGCAAAAUAAUUCAAGAGUACUGUGCCUGCGCGAGUCAUUUCCAAAUCACUGACACUCCCUUCUUUCUAACGACUCCUGCUUCGAUUAGGCGAUCGCCGCUCGGACAAAAAUCUCCUGCUGUCCCAGCCCGUUCUUCGUUUCCUCACGACACAUCAGGCUCGUAUCGUUCGCUGCAGGGGCCGACUUUUCGGACCAAUGUAAGUUCUUGAGCCAACCAGCUCCGCUCUCGACCUCGACACGCUGCCAGCCGAGGCACUACUGGCAAUGGGGUUUCAUCCUUUCUUCCGCACCGACGAAUGUUAGCGAAGUGACCUAGAUUGCUGAACAAUUUGACGCAUUGCCACUACCCGUAUAUUGCGACUCCGAGGCUCUAACCGACCUUUCCUCCAAAGCCUCGACAAUGCCACUGGAAGGGGCUUUUAUAUGA